AUGCCCCUCUACUCGGCCGGCUCCAACUCGCGCGGUCAGCUAUCGCACCGAGACCAACUCGACGCCCACUCGUUCCAACCCUGUCACUUCACCAACCCCGCAACCAGCUCGAACCUGAUCGUGCAUGAUCUCGCGUUAGGUGCGAACCACACCCUUGCUCUGUGUUCCUAUGCCUCGACCUGCCCUUCCGAGGAGGAGGAGGCGGCGAGAAUGGAGCUUUGGGGAUCUGGUUCGAAUCAGAGAGGACAGUUGGGGCCUGGUGAGAACGGUCGUAGGGACGAACAAGAGCUUAGGACGAGCUUCGUUCGCAUUCCUCUCGAGGGGUUGUUGGCGAACGUCGAGGAGGAGGAACGGCAAAGGCAUCGGAUACGAACCCAACCUCCCCGGGACGAACAAGACGCGGAAUACGACAUCAUUUCCAUUGCAUGCGCGUGGGAAACCUCUUUUGUCCACUUACGACGACGAAGCACACCCGACGAAAAUGUUGCCUCGUCCGACUUGAUCCUCUCCUUCGGUGCGAACGACUGGAACGAAAGAGGGAUACCGAGCCACACGCACUUUGAAUCGGCACCCGUCAAUAUCAUCUCAUUCAAUGAGUCGACAUCGAGUGUUUGCAGAAUCACACAGCUCGUCAGUGGUCCUCGACACGUGCUGGCGAUCGUCAAAGAUUCGUCGACAGGAUCGAGUCAGAGUAGAGUUUUUGGAUGGGGUGCGAGUCGUCAUGGGCAAUUAGGACGAGGUGGAGGGAUUGGAUCGGUUGGAGGUUCGACCACCCAACUGCCGAGAACGUUCGAGCGACCUUACAAGGUCCAAUUAUCCGACCCAUCGGACGACCGACCGAUUGGCUCGACUCGUCGUCCCGUCGGUCUCGCGGUGGGACGAGAUCAUUCCAUCAUCCUGUUCGAGGACGAAUCUCCUCAAGCUUCCCAAUCCGUCGUCUUGUUCGGAAGCAACAAGCAAAAACAACUCCACGUCUCCAACAUACCCUCAGUCGGAGAAAAUCCGACCUGGGUAUAUCCACUCGACAAGGAAGUGACAAACAUCUGCGCGACUUGGACCAGUUCGUUCUUCCCCUUCAAGGAUGGGACGGUGCAAAGUUUCGGCUCAAAUACCAAAGGUCAAUUGGGACGGCCCGAUCCAUCGUCGUCGGACAAGGAAGCGACUUCUUUUUUCGUCAAGUUCCCCACCCCAAACGUGCCCCCACAAAAAGUCGACAUCACUUCCCUCGCGACCGGCUCCGAGCACAUCCUUGCGAUCGAUCGGCAUACGGGGGAUGUCUACGGUUGGGGAUGGAACGAGCAUGGCAACUUGGGACUGUCACGUACCGAGGAUGUCGGAUUACCAGAGGUGGUGUGGUCCGCGCAGGACCGUGGCGAGGUUGGAAAGGUUUGGUGCGGGAAUGCGACCUCGUUUGUUUUUGUGGCUAAGGACCAGAGUUGA